UGGACCCAAACCUUCUGGCCCGUGGGGCGGUCAGCUCCGCCCAUUAACUAAAAACACAAACAAGAAACGCCCCAAAUCUAAAACCCUACACAAAAUCAAGUGCCAUCAUGAGACGAUCUCUGCUAAAAAAUCUCUCUGUUUACACUCGAAAUGUUCUUCAUUCCUCUUCAAAUGCCGGCCCCAAAAUCCCUAAUCCUUCUCUCCCCAAUUUUACUCGGUCCGCGCUCAGGCUUUACUCGUCCGGUGAAAACCCGACAUCACCAUCCCCUGAAUCAACGCUGCUAGCACAACUCAAAAAGAAGGAUGAUUCUGUCGAGGUUGAGGAUGUCAGUAACAAAGAGCUGAAAGAGCUAAUGGAUAAGUACUUCAAGGGGGAUGAGGAGGUGCUUCCUUCAAUUAUGGAAAAAAUUUUACACAGGAGGUUGUCCGGAAAGCAUGAGGAGACAGAUGAUGAGUUGAUGGAAGAAUUUCGUAUGAAGCCACUGGAUGAUGUGAAGGACAAAGAGUUUGAGUCAGAUUUUGAGGAGCUGUAUCAGACGGAUGAGGAGAUUGAUGAUUUGUAUAAUGCCAAGGAACAUGUGACGAAGAAAAUGGUGAAGGAUGAGUACUUUAACAUGGAUGACAAGAAAUGGGACGAGAUGAUUAAGGAGGCAAUGCAACAUGGAUUUUUAAAGAACACAAGGAAAUGUGAGGAAAUUCUGCAGGAUAUGCUUAGCUGGGAUAAGCUUCUUCCAGAUGGCAUCAAGGAAAAGGUGGAAAAGAAGUACAAUGAGCUGGGGGAUAUGUGUGAAAGAGGCGAGGUUGAAGCUGGAGAAGCAUAUAAGCUGUUCAAGCAAUUUGAGGAUGAGAUAGUCAUGGAAUAUGAAAAGAGAAUGGAAGCCAAGGGCCCCCCACAAUUUGAUGAAACUAUGAUGCCAGACAAGAAAGAAGACUUGGAUGACCCACAAGCUGAGGGACCAAUUCUUAGGUGGCAAACACGAGUAGUCUUAGCUCCAGGAGGUGAUGCAUGGCAUCCCAAAAACAGAAAAGUGAAAAUGGCCAUUACUGUCAAAGAGCUUGGUCUUUCAAAACAUCAAUUUAGACGGUUGAGGGAACUGGUUGGUAAACGAUACCAUCCAGGUAGAGAUGAACUUACAAUCACAAGUGAGAGGUUUGAACAUAGGGAGGAAAACAGAAAAGAUUGCCUUAGGACUCUGUUUUCGCUCAUUGAGGAAGCUGGGAAAGCUAACAAGUUGGCAGAGGACGCUCGAGCCUCAUAUGUGAAGCAAAGACUUAAAGCUAAUCCAGCUUUUAUGGAGAGGUUGCAGGCAAAGAUAAGGAAACAAGUAUCUAACACCAUCUCUGCAUGAGCAAUUUAGAUUCAGGAGAUUCCUGAUAUUCAUCUGAUCUAGUUGUUGGUAUUUUGCAUUAUUGUCCCUUAUCAAAAUUUUGGUGGCAAAACUAUUAUUAUUUUUGCAUGCUGUUGAUGUAGUUAAUCAAUUGACAAAUGCUUGCUGGGAGAAUUCACUCGUUGGCCUUUCUUUUCCCUUUUUUAAUUAAACUUUUUAUUUUCUUUA